AUCAUGAUGGUACGUGAGCUUUGUCUUCUAUAUCCUCCACCUUUCCCGUCAAUUAUUGCACAUAAAAAUUCCAGAGAACCCCACCGUUCGCAGAUGCUAACGUCUUCAUCUCUAACUCUAAGCUCCUAAAAAAAACCAGAGGUAAAAAAAGAAAAAAAAAAACUCAAAAGCAUAAGCUGCAGCAAGACCCACUCUCCCCCGCCAUGGAGAGCGCCCCUACCAUUAUCAGCCGACCACCGCCUCCCUUCCCUGCACCGCCCCGCAGCGUCGAUUUGUCCCCGCUUGAAUUCGUUCUCGCUCUCGUCGCCGUGGUCACCAUCCCCGCCUUGGUCUACACCUUCUUCUUCGCCGUGAAGUGCCCUCCCAACCCUUUUCGACGACGCCACCGGAGCUUCUCCGGGAGACUCUCCAGCGACAACGAGGGGAGCAUCAGCAGCAGAGAGGUGGUUUCGGAUGUGAAGUUUGAGAAGGAAACCCAUGUCAAAGACGUUGAAGGUGAGUGUCCGGUGUGUUUGUCAGUCUUUGCCAACGGCGAAGAAGUGAAGCAGUUGAGCGUCUGCAAACACUCUUUCCAUGCUUCUUGCAUCGAUUUGUGGCUCAAUUCUCAUUCUAAUUGUCCGGUUUGUCGUGCUUCUAUCGCCGUUAAGCGUCCUAAAGGCACGGCCUCGGCCAGAGAUGAAGAUAAUCAGCAAGGUUUGCCGGAUGCCUCUGCCUUGGUUUGACAGUAUUUACCAAGAUUAUUCUUGAUCUUCCUCUCCUUUAUUUUUCUUCUUCUUUUGGAAAAGUGAGUGCUUUUUUGUUUGGCGAGAAGGCAAUUAACUGUUUUGCUUUUUCACUACUUCACCGAAAAAAAAAA